UGUUAUAUUUGAUUUAUAAUCAGUGAUAAUUCUCAGAUAAUUAGCUAACUUUUACCUUCUCCACAACAGAUGGCUCAAAAUGAAAAGCUAAUAAUCGUACCCAAGAUGCAAGAACUAAAACAAAUUGUUUCAGGAUGGCAGAAAAUAAUGUAAUCUAAGAAAAAUAAAUUACGUCUAAAUUCUACAGUAAUUAAAGGUUUCAGAAUGAAAUAAAUAGCUGUAUUUUUCAGCAAAAUUAAAUCGUUUUUAAGAUGAAAUAAACUCAAUACAAGCGGGAUCAUUUUACGGAAAUAAACUGUUUGAAAACGGAGUUUAAUGCAAACAUAUUGUUUAAGAAUGAAAUGGUUAGUUGGAUAAAUCCAAAUAAAUCAUGACAGACGUAGAUCUUAGUGAAAGAAACGAGGACAUUGAAAGUGACUCUGAGACAAGGUGCCAGUCAUGUCUUCGGGUGUUUAUCAAAUGUUUGAGGAGGUUUAUCGCCUUCCUGUUUUCUCACGUAGGAUUAACUUGUCUAGUGGUUGGAUACGCAAUCCUUGGCGGAAUUUUGUUUAAAGCAGUUGAAUUACCGGAAGAGAAACUUAUUAGACAGGAUGCCGUAAAUGCGAAAGAUGCUUAUGUUAAAAAAAUUGCUGAAUUAUUUGACGAUUCCGAUAUUCAAAGAAUGUUGGACCAGAAAGCUGUGAAUGAUCGUAUUAAUGGCUUGUUGAAAGAAUACCAAGAUGAGAUCUAUGUUCUCACUGAAGAUAGAGAUUGGGAUGGGCGGUUCGAAGGGGAUGAAUUUCAAUGGUCCUUCGCAGAGUCACUACUGUACUCUGUCACAGUUAUUUCAACUAUUGGUUAUGGAAAUAUUACCCCUAAAACAAAAGGCGGACGUUUGUUGACGAUAGUGUAUGGGAUAGGCGGUAUUCCUUUGACCAUGCUGUGCUUACACAACCUUGGCAACCUCUUGGCAGGGUGUUUCCGGCUAAUAUACCGCCACGCUUGCAUAAACAUGACCUACCAGUACAUCAAGCUAAAACGACGGCGAAUUAAGAAGAGGUUUGUCAAAAGAUUACAAGGAAAGACAAAACAUCUGCGAGAAUGGGCCAGAAAACAGCAGUCACAUAUGUCGUCAAUUCUGCACCAUAGUCAUACCGAGGUGAACGUGACUGAAGAAGAAGAUCAUGUAAUUAAGGAAACUGACAAGCAAGCUGGUCAAUUCACUGCCUCUGAUCCAUUUCCAAAGAAGAACACAGGAGUUUCAAAUACAAGUGACUCUGAAUUUCACCGCAAGCUAAGUAGACGUCAUUCUGAGAGUAUACUUAAAGACUCAGGUGGCACCACUCGAGACAGGACAUAUUCGCUCUCCUCACACCACCAGUACGGUGCAUUACAUGCACACCAUCCUCUUAGUAAUGACCUAACUGUUAUACCGGAAGACGAGAUCGCUGAAGUUACCAUUGAGGACAUGGAGCAUCACAGAAUAAAACGAAGCAAAUCAGUGGACAUCGAUGAUCAUGUUGGUUCUACUACAACAAGUUCGCUGUCGCUUACAGACUUUGAAGAAGAUGAAAGACUUCUCAAGGCAAAGCUUAAAGAAACACGUGACCUUGUUCCAAUUUCAGUUUGUCUUUUGUUAGUCACUGGAUACAUCAUGCUUGGUGCAUUGAUAUUUGCCUCAUGGGAAGAAACUUGGAAUUUCAUGGUAGCGUUUUAUUUCUGUUUCAUUACACUAACAACGAUCGGCUUCGGCGAUUUUGUCCCUGGAAUGGGUCGGUUGGAUGACGACAUGAAACGUGUAUUUGGCGCGCUAUAUCUUCUAUUUGGCAUGGCAUUACUUGCCAUGUCGUUCCAUCUUAUACAAGAAGAAGUGAGGUACAAAUGUAGAAAACUUGCUGUGAAAAUUGGACUGAUAGAACAUAAACUGACUGAUCUUCUGGACAAAUAUGAUGAAACCCAUCCAUAAGAAAAUGAGUGUGAGAGAUUGAGUAACUCUCACAGCUUUUACUAAUGUGAACAGAAAAAUGUGUCUUUCAAUUAUAAAGGCAUAUUUCUCAUAUGUCCCUUGCUGCAUAAAGGAAUGAUCUUUCAAUCUUUAGUGCAGAAUAUUUUAUUUUUGUUUCAUUUUAGUUUAGUUUACAGUUUAUAGUGUUCCUUCACGUGUUUAUUAAGUCUUUUAAAAAUUCCGCCCCCCCCCCCCCCCACACACCCCCCCACACACACACCUGGAUAUUAGGAAAUGUUCAAUGUUUGCGUAGUUACCUGUCGAUGAUCUUUGUAAACCCCGGAGCAUUAUGUAAAUUUCUUCUAAAACAUACGAAUCUCCUAAAAUACAUUGAUAACAAGGCAUCAAAACAAAUUAUCUUUAUUAUGAUGUCUACGCACCAUGAACAAAAAGGUUAAUUAUAAUAGACAUUUCACAUGGAUUUUAAUCUGUUAUUUGAUUCAGACAUAUCGUGUUAACAUGUUCUGGCAACUUGCAAACAUAUUGAGUAGAUAUAUAUACACGGAAGAACCAAGAAAAAAGGCAACAAAUAGCUAAAAUUAAAACAGGCUAUGUAUAUUCAUUUUAGUGCAGUACAUUGUACCUGUAAAAGAAACAAAAUAUAAUAACACUUCGGCUAAAGACUUGUGUUAUCUUGGCUUUGUGCAUACUUAAACGUAAAUUAAGCUAUGACUCUUGUAAAAUGCAUGUUUUAAAAUUAUCAAAUUCAGAAUACAUUCCUUAAAUAAAAAAUAUUUCUGCAUCAAGCAAUCUGGUAGUCAAGCUUUGUUCAACACAUUUAUCAAAGAAAAGAAGGACACAAAUUAUUUAAAUUAAAAGUAGUUAAAUCUGUUCUUCGCCAUUAUUUUUACUGAACCGAGGGCUGUGUCAUUUUAUGUAAAUUGUAAAUAAAAUCUGUAAGUAAUUCUUAAAAAGUUAUGUCAGAUCCGAAAAGUUUUAGUCGAAAUAAAGAUUACAAUUAUCAUGAUUGACUGUAUUUUUACCAGAAACAUUAAAGUACGCAUGCUGCAUUGGUUCUAUAGUUAACUGCAUAAUUGAAAGACGGACACAAGAGCUAAAAUUACAAAAAAAUCUGUUAAAGGUGCUGAGUAAGUCGGCUGAAAAGCUUACUAGGGGCUAUUUGAAUCAAUAUGUUUUGUAGUAAAAAUAACAUCCGGAAGUGAACACAGAGAACACUGUCUUCUUCUGUCUUAGUUUAGCAAGAUUACGUCCGAAGUGAAGGAUUUAAGCUGUCCCGAUAUUUUGAUUAUAUCUAACUUAAACUAAUGAGAGAAUCGGUAAGUAAGAACUCUAGUUAGGAAGGAAGAAUCACGCCAUUAUUCUUCGCAUAUAAGUGUAUUCUGACGAAAGCCUAGAUCAGAUGGUACGCAAUAAAAACUGCAUCGUUUGAAUAACUUAUCCGAGUACUGUUUCAUAGUAAAAUGUCAUUUUCAAGAUUUACCUUUUUUUAAAUCUAUAUCAGUCGUUUGUUCCCUAAUUUAAGAUUAUAGAUGGAGAACUUGUCGGAAAUUUCUGUAGGUACAUAUUACAUUUAUUCUCGGUAGUCGGAGUUCUCCCUAGAAAUAGCAAUUCAAACCGCUCACUUGGGUAGCAAAAAAAUCGCUUACAAUAGAUAUCUGACAUGAAUCUAUUUUCUUAUAUAUUUUAGUCUAAGGUGUUUGUUCAUUUGAAAUUGUCACAACAAUUUACCAAAUGCGUUUUAUAGAUGUGUUAGAAAUGGUACUGAAUGUUUUAAAUUGAUAUUCGAUAUUACUAUAUAGUGUCUUUUUUCGUAACUAUAUAAAUUUUGCAAUUUUUCGUCCAUUUGCAAACAAUGUAUUUCUGAAAAUAAAAAUAAAUCGAUUUUACGGUAUUUAGAAAUAUCUUCUGUUUUUUUUUUCUAUACAGAACUUAUGUGAAACACGUGUAAAUAUGCGAUCAUAUCAGAAUUGCAUCCGCAUGCUUAUUUUAUUUUAUUAUUUAUUCUUCUGGGACAUAGUACAUUAUAAAAUAAAAUGAAAUAAUAUCACAUAUUCAUAUAAAAAUAAAUAUACUAAUUACGAUUAUGACUCCUCAUAACACUAUAAAAGAGUACACUUCGGCAUGGACGUAAUAUUAUAUGAAAGAUGUACUAUGCAGCUAUGGAUAGCCCAUUUAGCUGAAAGAUUAUUUCCAAUGGGGGAAAUGGCUUAUGUUAUACAUUUUCAAGUGUCGUUUAUCCAUUUAAUUUAUGCACUAAAACACCGCUUAAUCUGCUUGAAAUCAUGUUGGGUCGGUUACAUCUUCUCUAAUUUCUCUUUGGAAAUGUCAAGAAAGAAUACUGAAUAGCGAAUAAAUGGGUGAAUGUGUCAAAUAUGAAAAGAAAAUUAGUUUCGGAAUUCCGAGCUAUUUAGCAUUUACAGACUAAGCAAUGGGAUCAUUGUUUAAAGAGAUGUUUACUAAAUGACAAAAGGUCAAUAUAAAAUAUGCUAAUGUGGGAAAAUUAAAUAAAUCUUAUUACAGAUCAUUUUUAUAGACCUGCCGCGUUUCAUUGUAAAAUAUAAAAUUAAUACUUGACAAAAAUGAGGUUUUCUUACCUGUUUUUUUUAUUCAUUUGGGUCAAAGUGAAAAACUGAGUUUUUUACUGUUGUCAAAUAAGACUCGCAUUUAUCUUCCUCUUUCUUAGAUGUUGAAAUUAUAAUAUUUAAGAUUAAACGGAAGUCACCAUAUUUUUCAUUUUCGCUCAUGGCUGCGACACUCGUGGAAAUGUUGCAUCUGGUGUUCACUCGGCGAAUAUAUUUCGAUCUUUCCCUGAAAUAAAAACACCAAUCCUCUGUGCAGUAAUGGUGUUCAGGAAGAUUUUUUUUCUUUUAUCAUACUUUCAGAAAUAUAUAAUAUUGUUAAUGUUGCAUCAAAAUUUCUAUGAAUCAAAGUAUGCCAUUAUAUAAUUCAAUUGAAUUUACGACUUAAACCAAUUUGAAAACCUCACAAAAAUGUCAACAAAAACAAAACAAAUGAUCAGAAGAGGAUACUAUUAUUUUCAUCCUCAUACUUAAACAUUUUUGUUUGUGAAAAGUUAUUAUUUACACCUCAAUUUUCAAUACUUUUGAAACUCCUAAAUGUAUGUGUAAUACUCAAAACUUAAAUGUAUUUUAAGUAAUCUUAAGAAAUUUCCAGUGACUUACAUGCAGUUUAAGUCACCUGGGGAAAUGAUAUCAUUG